CAAUUUUUAUAUGCAUUUUUCUUAGGCUUUUCCCACUGUCAAUGUAGGCAGGUUUUGUCUGGGAAACUCUCAAGUUAAUUUAUAAUAAAAUUGCACUCACAUCUCCAUCCAUGCUCAAAGUAAUGGAAAUAGGUUGGAAACUUUCCUAAAAGCAACAUUCAAAGGCAAGUGUUUUCUUUAAAUCAACAGGAGAGAGAUUUGCUGCGUAUCAGUUCAAGUUACUCAUCUGUUCAUAGAUAUGUGGCUGUUUCUGUGGAAUAAGGAAUAAAUCACAAGAUAGUGGGAUUGCAGAGAUGGAGGAACUUCCAGUCCCACACAAUAUCAAAAUAAGUAACAUCACAUGUGAUUCUUUCAAGAUUUCAUGGGACAUGGAUUCUAAAUCCAAGGACCGUAUUACUCACUAUUUUAUUGAUCUAAACAAGAAAGAGAACAAGAAUUCCAACAAAUUUAAACACAAGGAUGUACCCACUAAACUGGUUGCAAAAGCUGUUCCUCUCCCUAUGACUGUUCGUGGACACUGGUUCUUGAGCCCAAGAACGGAAUAUACAGUAGCAGUGCAGACAGCAUCAAAGCAAGUUGAUGGGGAUUACGUUGUUUCUGAGUGGAGUGAAAUCAUAGAGUUUUGUACAGGAGAUUAUUCAAAAGUUCAUUUAACACAGCUUUUGGAAAAAGCUGAAGUGAUUGCAGGACGUAUGCUUAAGCUUUCUGUUUUUUAUCGGAAUCAGCACAAAGAAUACUUUGAUUAUAUCAGAGACCAACAUGGAAAUGCAAUGCAGCCUUCUGUCAAGGAUAACAGUGGUAGCCAUGGCUCUCCAAUCAGUGGGAAGUUGGAAGGCAUCUUCUUCAGCUGCAACACUGAGUUUAACACAGGGAAGCCACCACAAGAUUCACCUUAUGGAAGAUACAGGUUUGAGAUUUCAGCCGAAAAACUUUUCAAUCCAAAUACUAACUUGUACUUUGGGGACUUCUACUGCAUGUAUACAGCUUAUCACUAUGUCAUUCUUGUUAUUGCCCCUGUUGGCUCACCAGGAGAUGAAUUCUGUAAGCAGCGCCUUCCUCAGCUAAAUUCAAAGGAUAAUAAAUUUCUGACCUGCACUGAAGAAGAUGGCAUCAUGGUUUAUCACCAUGCCCAGGAUGUUAUUUUAGAAGUAAUUUACACUGAUCCUGUGGAUCUUUCCCUUGGCACAGUUGCAGAAAUUACUGGUCAUCAGGUAAUGAGCUUGUCUACUGCAAAUGCAAAAAAAGAUCCCAGUUGCAAGACCUGCAACAUCAGUGUUGGACGUUAAUCCCUACCCCAUUACUUAGGAGCCUUUGAAUCUCUGUUGUCCAUUUCCAUUGUCAGAUGUUCUCUUCAGAAGCAUGCACAUGCCGCUGUCACCAAAAGCAAACACCAGUUUUUCAAAUUCAUUAAUAGCAUUUUUAGUAUAACUUCCCUCCUUCCUUCUAAUAGUUUAUAGCAUUAGGGGAACAGAAGUCCUGGAUUUUCUUUCUGACAUUUACACCUAGAUGCUGCAAUUUUUGUUUGUUUGUUUGUUCCUGGCCAAACAUAACAAAAACCUAUAUAAAAUGCUUUAGCAAAAUACAAAUAAUGGCUUAUAAUGGUGUUUAAAUAUGCAUUUAUUUUAAUCUACUGAACAAACACUGGGAUAACUCCAAACAGCAUGAAAGGUUGUAAUUGCAGCAUGAUUUAAAUCUCGAAGCCUAGAAAUGUCAGCACUUCCAACUUGUUGUUUGACAGUGUUAUUUAUAUUAGCUAACUGGAAACAAAAAUUGUGUUUAAACAUAAUAAAUAUAAUAGAAAAAUAUUUUAUUUGUACUGUUGUAUAAAAUAUUAUACAAUCAUAUAGAAUAUAUAGAGUACAUUUUAAUAGCAGUUGUAUACAUGUGUCAUGAAACCAUUUUCUCUUAUCAAAGAUGUAGUUUGUAAACCUCAAAUAGUUGUGUAUCUGUUCCUGUUGCUCUUAGAUUACUUUAAUUAAAACAGAUUUAGAAAGGAGAUCAUUCUGAUUCAUGAAAGUUAUAAAUUGUCAAGUCAAUACAGUGAAACAGCAAACCUCAUAGAAAUAAAAAAAAAACAUCCACAUUGUGUAGUGGUCACACUUUUUCCUCAAACCAUUUGAAAAUGUGUACUACUUAAAAUCAUGCUGAAACAUUACAUACAAUAUAAAUACAAACAUGGUUGGUAUAGAAUAGACUUCAGAAAAUGAACGUUUCCUUAAGAUAGCAAAACAGGUGGCUUAUAUGCAGUUAAUACAAAAUGUCAAUUUAAACAAAACACUAAAUAUGGUGCAACACAUUUCCUUUUUAAGCUCUUCCUUCAUAUUUGGGUUAGACAUUUCCCCAUUAUACCUGCCUUUGAUUUGUAAUGAAAAAUACAAAAUGCCG